AUGUCCACAAGCUUGGAACGUCAAGGAAUCCUCAAGAACCUGGCCAAAGUUCGAGCUGAAGCUGAAACGUUGUCCUUGGGCCUUAACAGAUCUAGAAUGAUUACAGAUCCUCUUGCUUCAGUCCCACGCUCGGUCACUCCCACCCUCGUUCCAGACUACGCCAGGAGCGUCGCGGUGUUCCCUGAAGGCCUCGGCUACCCCUACGUCUCCUACGAGGUCUCCCGUGACCUCGAGGUCCAGCACCUGCGAGCUCGCUGUGAGAGUCUAGAGCGCGAGCUACAAAACGCCAAGAAGGAGGCGUAUGAAGCAAAGGUGAUGGAGGAAGACAGCAAGAGGAGGGAGAUGGAUGCCCUGCGCAUCAUCCGGCCGACCCAGGAGCAGCCUAACAGGGUGGUGCAGUCUGCAGUCCUGCAGGGACUUGCGGACGAUCUUGCAAUGGAGAACGAGAGGCUGCGAGGAGCCGUCAACGACCACGUGACUGUCGAGCUGCAACACGAGGGCAUCGAGAUGCGCCUGACUCAGGACAUUCAAAAUCUGGAACAGCAGAUCAUGGAGUUGAGGAGAAUCAACGGCGAUCUCCAGUUCAAGAAUGAUGCCCUCGAGCAGAAGGUGCGGGAGAAGGACAACCUUCUCGUUUCGACCGUGUCGGAGUUGGAGAGGAAGUGCGAUCUGCACGCCCGAGCUCUCCAGGAGUCGCAGGACCGCGAGAAGCACGCGCAAGAGGUUCUAGGAAGAGAAGAAGGAUGUUUCAUGAUCCUGAGGUUCCAACAGGAAGUCCGUGUGCUCCAAGAACGCCUGAGAAGGUACGAGUGGAGUGUCGCUCAAAACGCAAGUUGGCCGUACGCGGCAACCACAGUUGUCACGACAUCUCCUCGCCCCUCGCAAGUUGACUCUGUAGCCUCCCGCUUGGCUCAAGCUGAAAUCUCCGUUGCUGCUCGCAACGCAGAGCUCGCGGUCUUGCGCUCCAGGAGCAUCUCUCCUCCUCCAAGAGCCAGCCUGUCUCCCCGGGUUCGCGUGUCUCCCCCAGCUGGCAGCCUCUCCACAGUUGUCAUCUAG